AUGGGUCGUGAAAUCUUUCGAACGAUCAAAAAUACUGUAUUGAAUUUCAAUUCUAAUCGAAACCAUUCUAACCAACAGCUUCUUGUUCCGUUAUCAUCGUUUGACAACGACAGUACUAUUGAUAUAGAUGAAAACAAAAAUACAACGAUUUCAUUUGAACGUAUCAAUUACACAUUAAAAACAAAUAAUAGUAUCUUAUCGAGAUUAUCUCCUUGUAAAUCAGCACCUGUACGACAGAUUCUCUUCGAUAUUUCUGGAGUUUUUCGAUCAGAUAGACAAACGUAUGAAGGAGAGAUACUGAUUAAUCGUCGUGUUCGACCACCAUCAUCUGUCUAUCGACAUACAGCUGCAUACGUUGUUCAAGAUGACAUUUUUAGUGGAACAUUGAGCGUACGAGAAAAUAUUGUUUUCUCAGCAAAUCUUCGUCUUCCGCGAUCGAUGUCAUAUGAUGAACGAUUAGAACGAGUGGAACGAAUUAUCCAGCAACUGCACUUGACCGAAUGUGCUGAUACACGUAUGGGUACUGAAUCUCAACGAGGAGUAUCAGGUGGUGAAAGAAAGCGAACUUGUAUUGCGAUGGAAAUGGUUCUAGAACCGAAGAUUCUUUUUCUCGAUGAGCCAACAACAGGUCUUGACUCGUCCACUGCGUGUAGUGUAAUGCAAUGCCUUCGUGAAUUAUCACAACAAGGAUGUACGAUUAUUUUUUCGAUUCAUCAACCGCGUCAUUCAAUCUUUGAACUAUUUGAUACCGUCCUGCUAUUGCUACAUGGCCAUACGGUAUAUUUUGGUCCAUCGACCAAACUAAUGCCUUAUUUCAUCAAUCAAGGAAUUCCUCAUAAAGAAAAUGACAAUCCAGCUGACUUUGCACUCGAUAUACUAAACAACGUCAACAGUGAUUUGACUGCGGUUGAUCUUCACAUAAAAUAUCGUAUGUCAGCCAUGUUUGUGAAAAAUGAAGUGAUAGUUAUUGGCGAUCCAUACGAUGAAGAAGUAUACAUAGUGCAAAAACCAGAUCGAUCGCUUUUAUCUGAUUUCUUCUACGUAUCUCAACGAACGCUUCGUAAUGCAAUACGUAAUUAUGCGCUGCUGACCUGGCAGAUUGCUGUAGCGAUUAUUUUGGGCGUUCUCACUGGUCUUCUCUACUAUCAACUACCACGUACGACUGAUACAGGUGUACAGAAUCGUCUCGGAUGUAUAUUUUUCAUUGUUGUCAAUCAAAUUUUCAGUACUGCUACAGCGCUGGAACCAUUUAUUAAAGAACGAGCACUAUUUAUUCAUGAAAAUGUCAGUGGAUACUAUAGUAUCACGACCUUGUUCUUUGCAAAGCUAAUUUGCGAUUUAUUACCAAUGCGAGUUAUACCAUCUGUUGUCUUCAGUCUAAUUAGUUAUUAUAUGGUUGGUUUACAAAAAACUGUCGCCAAAUUCUUAGUUUUUCUCCUGACAAUCUUUAUGGCAAAUGUAUUUGGUUCAGCCAUAUGCUUUUUUAUUGCUGCAAGUAUGUCAGUUUUUGCCGUGGCAUUGAUAGUUUUGGUUUUGAUAUUGGUCAUAAUGAUGGUUUUUAGUGGAUUUCUUGUUGAAUUAAACAGUGUAUUCAGUUUUCUUCGUUGGAUUCAAUGGGUGAGCGCAUUCCGUUAUGCCUACAACGUUCUAGUCAUAAAUGAACUUCGUGACAUCAAUUUCUGUUUGCCCAAUCGUACCGAUGUGUGCCUCGUGACAGGCUCGAGUGUUUUAGAAAAACGAUCGAUUGAUCAUAAAUCCAAUUGGGACAUCUAUUCAAUCCUACUAGAAAUGGGCUCAUUCAAUAGAUGUUCAAUGUGUGUCAACACAAAAAGAUCUGGAACGUGCUUAUGUGCAGGUUGUAAACAAUUCUUCUGUCGAAAACAUUUCAAUGAACAUCAUCGAGGAUUGAUCAAUGAAUUGAAUGUUUAUAUCGAAGAGCGCAAUCAGUUACUCGAACAGAUUAGUAAAUUAGAUGUCUAUGAUGAUUAUCAUAAGAAUAUUUUGUUACAAAUCGAUGAAUGGCAACGAACUAUGAUUGAAAAAGUCAUGCAGGUAGCCGAACAAGCACGUCAACAAGUGAAAUUGCCGAACCCUAAACGAGCUGAAAUUGCGCUUAAAUUAUCGCAUUUUUCCAACAGACUCUUGCAUCUUCAAGAAACGGAAGAUCUUGUUGAAGAUGACUUGAGACAUUUGAAAGAGACAGUCGCUGAACUCAAACAAGAUCUUAAACAGCUAACCGAACCAUCAAUGGAAUUGUUUUUUGAGCCCAAUGAUCAAAUCGCAUGGGAUUCUCUGAUUUCGGUCAAAAAUAAACAUGAUAACAACAGCAAAAAUAGGUCAUUUCUAGCUUCAUCAACAGGUAAAAGCAUCGCUGAUAUCGAUUCGAAUGUACUCCGUGCUGUUAUUUCAGGUAAAAAUGCUUUAGCUAGUUAUUAUUACAUGCUCAAUACGAACAAACGAUGGAGAUAUACCUCACCGAGACGAGAGCUACCCAUUCAACCAACAAAAAUGCCUUCUUCCAGUGUCUCACGUGUUUUGAUUAUCGGUGCGGGUCCAACAGGUCUCCUAAUGGGUUGUCUAAUGCGCGAUCAAGGUAUGCCUGUGACCAUCAUCGAAAAACGUGAAGAAAUCACUCGAACACGAUGUGUGAAGUUAUUAGGAGAAGUUCUUUCAUCGGACGAACUCACUAGCGGAAUUCAUCUGUUUUCCGAAAAUCAAGUCGAAGAACGUCAAAAAGCGAUCGACUCAAUACAAUCAACUCUCUUCGAAAAACUCACUAGCUGGCUAGAACUAUGUACACCUUUACAAACUAUUCAAAAAUCUCUACAAGAAUACUUCGUUUCAUCCGGUGGACAAAUCGCCAUCGGUGCUCAAUAUGAUAUUAGUAAAAAUUUAGAUCUACUUGGGCAUUAUCCUGAUACACUUAUUAUUGAUUGUACGGGUUACCAUUCGGUUUUACGAAACCGUAUUCAACCAGAUAAUCUUAAUCUUCGUUUGAUAGAAUAUGUUCUUAUAUGCACAUUUACCUUUGAUGAACGAUACGAAUGCAAUGAAUUGUGUAAAUAUUACAAGAAUAAGAAUACACGCAAGUUUCGUGUGAUUCCAGCCAUUGAUGAUACGUAUAAAACAGGAAAACGACAAACGCUUGUGACAUGUUUAAUUACAAUCGAUGAGUCGAUAUUUCGAGCAAUGCCCAAACGAGACUUGAUAACAUACAAUUAUUUGAAAAAGCAUCAACGUGAUAUUUAUGAUGAUCUAACUAUAUUUCUGAACAACAUGUCGUCGGGACAAUUGAAUAAGAUUCAUUUCGAUUCAAUGGAAUUUAUUGCACUGCCUUUACAAGUUUAUCGUGCGAAAAAGGUCACGCAUAAAAUUGUCAAUCAAGAUCUGAAUCAGCAUUGGGUUUUGUUAGGUGAUGCAGCAAUGGGCGGGCCUUAUUUUCAAUCGAUUAGCAUGGGGUACGAAGCUGCUAUUUAUCUAGCUUAUAUUGUUCAACAGAUGCAACAUGAUAUGGAACAAAUGAUGACGAAGUACGAAAGUUAUAUGGAAAAGUUAUGGCUAGCAUUACAAAUACGUUCAAAAGAUAUUCAACGUAAUAAACAAAUCCUGCAAUAUUUGUGUGCUAAUGAUAGAAAUGCUAUUCUGGAAAAGAUUAAAGUGUAUUAA